AUGUCACUAAACAGGAGUCUGUAGAGAAAGCCAAAUCUCAUGUUGCGUCAAUAGUUGGAACAAAAGGUUUGAAUCUUCUUAUCAACAACAGUGGUCUAAUAAAUACUCAACGUAUUGGAGAUGUGACCAGGGAAGAUAUGCUCAAGUGUUAUGAAGUUAAUGCCAUUGGUCCUUUAAUGGUGGCUCAGACAUUUUUACCACUGUUACGACAAGCUGCUGGUCAACAGUCUUCAGAACCAAUGUCAUGUGGUAAAGCUGCUAUCAUCAAUAUAUCAACUGGUGUAGCUUCUAUCACUGAAAAUUCGUCAGGUAGAAUGUACCCAUACAGAGCGUCAAAGGCUGCCCUGAAUAUGAUCACAUCAAACCUUAGCCUAGAUCUGAAAUCUGAUGGUAUUUUAUGUACAGCCAUACAUCCGGGCUGGGUGAAGACUGAAAUGGGAGGACCAAAUGCUCUUAUUUCUACAGAGGAAUGUCUUAAAGGAAUAAUGUUUGUCCUUGAAAAACUCCAAGGGGAUGAGGAAUCUGGAAAAUUUUAUCAUGGUGUCAAAGGACAUGUAAUUCCCUGGUAGUUUAUGUAUGUAAAGCUACUUGUUUGAAGGUCAGAGUGAAAAUAUGAUCAACAAGAUCAACAAAGAAAGGCGGCGUUCAAUGAACGCAACAUUACUUUAUCAGUUGUCUCUAUCAGUAUGAUGAUGAUACAUAUAUACACGUAUAUUCUCUUUAAAACCAUAUACAUUGUAGAAGGUAACUUUAAUCAUUUAGCCAUCAGCUUCUAU